AUGUGUCGCUUUUGGUACUUCGUUGCGCUGUAUGUGGCUGUGGUCCAUGCGGAGGACCUCAGAAGGAAUGCGAGAACGCCGCUCAAGUUCAUGCCUAAAAGAGCGGUAGACUACACAAACUCGACAACACGACCAACGGCCAUGACAACUUCACCUUCAGAAACUCUUUCGUUGCCACCGUAUUCAGACGAUACCAUUACACAUCCCAUAACGUCGACGGCCCCUACGAAUAUCGGCAUAUAUACCAACACCUCGAGCAUACUACCAGAGACUACCACUACUACGGACGACGACACUCCAACAUGCGCUGGGUCAAUCACGUAUUAUGGCUCCGUUCCACCAACAGUCUAUAUCACAGUCACAGAAGGCUUCAAUGUGACUGUCACGGCCAGCAAUAUAUCGAUUACCGACACUCCUACCCUGAUCACCCCUCUGCCAUACUGCAAACAGACCAUCAUGCCUAAAGCGAGCCAGGGCGUCCCUGUUCCCGGCUCACCCUUCUUUUCUGCAUCAGCAGCUGCCUCUCCGGCCCUGAGCUUUUCAAAGUCGGCGGGUAGUUCUCCUUUCGCAACUCAGAACCCAAAACCUCCAUCCCCACAGCAAACAGAAGAGACGGCUACCCAGGCGGCAUCUUCAGUCUACUCCAGCGUUCCUUAUACCAGCACCGUUAUCGUAACAAAGAAGACUCCGGUCCCAGUAAUCGCACCACCGACCACUUCACCCGACAUCAACUUCGAUCCAACUCCUCCCAGUUCUAAGCCAACGUCGGAAUCAUCCUCAAUCAAUACCAUCACGGGUGGAGACAAUGGUGAUGGCACUCCUGGCAACAACGGUCAUGAUGGAGGGCCUGACCACAAUGGUGGUGGUCUCUCUCCUGGCGGAUCUGGCACAUCCUCAACAACAAAACCCCCAGCGGAAGCCUUCCCAUCCUUGACCAAUACUGCUGGUACUGCAGCCGGCACGCUGGUUGUGCCGUCAACCACACGGACUGGCAUCGGCAACAUCAUCUACUCUAUCAUCUAUUCACCAUUUGCAACCCGCACGCCUACCGGUCUACCAGCAUUCUUGCCCACUACGACCACCGUUGACAACAUCCCCAUUGUGGUAUCUGAGUCUAGAGUAAUCAUUGGAACCCAGACUGUGAAUGUCCCCAGAUCUUCGUCAAUAGUCGUACAAGCCGGUGGCGAGGCCUUUACUGUCCGGCCAAGCAUCAUUGUCGCGCCGACGGCUACGAUAACCAUAGCACCCGUCCCACAAAACAACGCCGCAACAGUUUCCCCUGCAACGACCACAUUUACCACUGCUGUCGGGGAUCUGACAAUUACAGUUGGUCCCACUGUCGCCAUAAUCUCGGGCACCACAUAUCGGAUAGGCCCAAAUGCUCCGGCAACAACGAUCUCGGUGCACGGGACGAAGGUGUCCAUAGGGUCGGAAGGCAUAGGCCUCCCGAGAACAACAAUUUUCCCUGGUGGAUCGCGGUUUAUGGUGGUCACAGCAGAAGGACUGACGUUCUCCUUGGACGAGAGUGAUGCAGUCUUCAGUGGUACGACAUAUCGCAUCGGCUCAAAUGCACCUCAAGUUACGAGAACAGUCGCAAGUGACAGUGUCUCGUUUGGGCCGGGUGGGAUUGGAUUGAAGUCAACGACGAUCCUGCCGUCUGCUGCUCCACAUUCGACGCAGCAAACCAGCGAGCCGUCGGCUACCUCGGCGAGUAGUGCUUCUGCAAGCGAGUCCGCCGGCACUGAGAGUGCAGCAUCUUCCAGGUUCAAGUCUCUGCACGUCAUCUUCGGUUGGUAUGCGUUGGCCCUCUUUUUGUGUUUGAUUGUUUAA